AUGCUAGAUGACGGUUUUCCUCCAUAUUUAACUCCCACGUUUGUUUCUUCAUCCUCGUCCUUAUUCAUACUCAUCCUCGUCCUUAUUCAUCCUCGUCCUUCUUCAUCAUCUUUUCUGCAACAAGGUUGGCCAACCGGAAAUAAAAAAUUCAUGGCUAAAUUACCACAAGAAAAAAGUAGUUACUCUAAUCGUAUCGUGAUUAUAUGGACUGACAUGGCAAGUGAAUUAAUCAUGAUGUGUCAACAUGAUGGCAAGUUUGCAACCAUUCGGUUGAAUCCAGGGCAUGAUUUCAGCACUGUCAUCAAUAAAAUAUGUGCCCGGUGGUCCGAUCUUGACCCGGAUUCUGUCAUAUUGAACUACUCUCUCAACGAUACAGAUCAUAUAAUAUUGGACAACGAUGACGAUUUGACAACCAUGUUCCAAAAUGCUGAGCUUGCUGGUAUCGAUGAUAUUAUGAUCACGGUCAGAGAUGGUGCAAAGUUUUUCAUGGAUGAGGCCAUUCAAGCUACCCCAACUGCAAAAUCUAAUACCGGUAAGGGCAAGCAGACCAUGAUUGUCGACGAUGAUGACGUCAUUCCGUCGUUCUGUUCCCACAAAAAAGUGAAGUUGCUAUCUUCUGAUUGGUCAGAUGGUAUUACAGCGGUUGGUCAAAGGUUUGAGGGUGGCGCUUUGGAUUUCAAAAACGUGUUGCGAAAGUUUGCUAUCGAGCGGGGGUUCGAAUAUACUUUGUCAAAAAAUGACAAGGUUCGUGUUACUGCCCAGUGCAAACAUCAAACGGUCAAAAAAUGCAUGUGGCAUGUGCAUGCUAGAAUAAUGCCGGGAAAUGAGUUUUUCCAUAUCUUAGGUAUGGACCUAGCUCACACAUGUGGUUUUGCCGUAUGGACGCUUACAAACCCACAUGCCACCGCGGAGUUGGUUGCUGACUUAGUUGGCAAUGAUGUUCGGGGCAAACACCAAACAAAGCCUGUUGAUGUUGUUAAAGGAAUUAAAAGAGAUUAUGGACUAAAUAUCUCGUACCACCAAGCAUGGUGGGGAAUUGAGAAGGCCAGGAGUCUCGUGUUCGGUGAUUAUGUGAAAUCUUUCUCGUGUUUGAAAUGGUAUGUUGGCGCAGCUAAAAGCACAAACCCGGGCAGCCACAUCGAAUUGCAAAUUGACGAGGAAAUUAAACGGUUCAAAAGGUUGUUUGUUGCUUUCGGUGCAUGUGUGCAAGGAUUCAAUCAGUGUCGGCCUUUAAUUUUCCUUGACGCAGCCCAUCUUAAAGGGAGGUAUAGGGGGACAAUAAUGGCAGCCACCGAGAAGAACGGUAACCAAGGAAUUUUUCCAAUCUGUUUUGCAAUUGUUGAUGGUGAAACUUACGAAAAUUGGCAUUGGUUUUUGGAGCAUUUACGAUCAAUACUUGCGCCUGGGAGGGAUAUCACCUUCAUAUCGGACCGUCAUACAGGGUUGCUUAUGGUUAGGCGGGACAUAUUUCCAGAGUCCGGUCAUGGGUAUUGUCUUCUCCACUUGAAGAGGAAUUUGAGAGAUCAUUUGAAAGGAACAACCAUAGCUUAUAGAGAGAGGGUGGUGAGUGAGUUUGUUCGAUGUGCGUAUGCUCCUACACGGGAGAUUUUCCACCAAAAUAUGACUAAGCUUUUGAGUCAUGAUGAUGGUAAGGUGGAAGAAUUCCUAACAAAUUUACGCCAUGAAAAUUGGAGCAAUGCAUUUUUCCGGGGUCAACGGUACGGCGAAAUGACAUCCAAUGUUGCCGAAUCAUUCAAUGCGUGGACCGAUGCUGAGAGGCACCUUCCGAUCACAAUUCUUGUUGAUGAGCUGAGAAAGAAGAUCAUGAACCUAAUGUCAGAGAGGAGAGAAGAAGCAGGCAAAUGGGGGUGCCAAAUCUGCCCAGAAAUGGACAAGAGGAUGAGGGCAUCGUUCAAUGAGUCGAGAACAUGGGUAGUCAGCGCAGCCGGUGAUGGUGUCUAUCAGGUGCACUCGUUUCCUAACGUAACAGUUGACAUUAUUAGGCGCAUUUGCUCAUGCCAGAAAUGGCAACUUACUGGGUUUCCAUGUGCCCACGCUGUUAUUGUGCUUUCUUCGAGUGGGAAGGACAUGACCGAGUAUGUUGACCCCUACUACUUUUCACAAACAUUCCGUGCCUCUUACUCCACCUCAAUCCACCCGAUACCAACUGUGUGGAUGCCCGAGCGUCUGGUUGUUGAGGAUUUUCUCCUUCCUCCAUUUUGCAAGAAGCCACCCGAGCGACCCAAGAAUAAGCGAAUUCCUUCUAGGGGGGAGAACGUAACUUUUAUUAGGUGUGGGAGGUGUGGCAAGAUGGGAAAACACAAUCGCCAAACUUGCAAAGAUGCUAUGUAG